UACUAUGUUUACGUUUAUUAAAUUUUAAAAUUUAUUACAUGGCAUUAUAAUUUACUUUCAUUAAUUUUAAAUUAAAAACAGAAUAACAUUCAAAAUUUUUUUUUUGCAAUUAAAUGAGAUGGACUACGAAAGUGAUCGUGUACUUAAGUUAAUAUUUUCUAAUGAUGUGCCAGGAUAUGACCGUGAUAAAGAUGAAAUAUCUUUAUACCUCACUAAGUUGGGAAAUUAUAAAAUAGGACAAUUAAAAAAGGAAGAAAAUCGAUUGGAAGACGAGAACAAACUAAUAGAAGACCAAACAUUAGAUUUAGCUGUACUAAAUUACAGAACUAUAAUACAAACAUCGGAUUGCUCAAAGAAAAUAUAUGCGGGUUUUGUUAAAACAGAGAACAGAGUUGAAAAUCUUUUACAACCUUUAUCGGUUCUAGAAGAAAAGUGUCAAAGAUUUUUAGAAUCAACUGCUGAUAUAAAUUCAAAAAAAAAUUUAAAUUUAUCAACAUCAAAAAAUUACAAAAAAGUUUUAGAAAUUUUAGAAAUUCCCCAAUUAAUGGAAUAUUAUAUAAACGAGGGACACUAUGAGGAAGCAUUGGAACUUGCAUCUUAUGUACAAAAACUUGGGACAAAACAUUCAGAAAUUGGAGUGAUUAAGGGGGUAGUUUUGGCUGUUGAGAAAAAUUGGCAUUCUUUAUUAAUAAAAUUUUUGGAUGAAUUAAAAACCGAUUUACAGCUACCGAAAUGCUUACAGGUAUUUGGACAUCUGAGACGAAUGCAAGCUUUUGGUUCGAAUGAACUUAAAUUGAUUUUUUUGCAUACUAGAGAUACUUGGCUGAAUAAUUUGUUGAGCUCUAUACCAAAAGAUGACGCUCAAAAUCAUCUGACUAAAACAAUUGAGGUUACACGAAUUAACGUUUUCAACAUAAUGACGCAAUAUAAAGCUCUAUUUCCAAAUGAAGAUGUGGGAGUCUCUUCGAACUUCGGCUCUUGCGAGGGUAAAAAAUUGUUCAAUACAUGGUUGAAUAAAAAGAUCGAAACUUUUUUGAAUACUCUUGAAGAAGAUUUAAAUAGAGGUGUCAGUUCUUUAGAUACAGCAUUAGGUCAGUGCAUGUAUUUUGGCGGAUCUUUUAGUAGAAUUGGUGUAGAUUUUAGAGCUUUAGUUGUGUCGAUAUUUGUUCGUGUAAUAACUAAAAAUUUUGUUGAUAAAAUAAUAAAUGUUAAUACUAACUUUGACUAUGACAUGAAAAACUUUACGUUAGUCAACAGUUCUACGAUAACAUUGCAUCAGAAAAUUCGUUCAACAUUAGUAAUGGGUGAAGUUAAUGCAACAGAUUUGUCUCCGCCUGAAUCUUUGUUAGAUUAUACUCCACUAGCUAUAUUGUGCAAUGGAUAUUUAAGCGCUUUAAGUGAGCUUAUGUUAUGUGCUCCAAUAUCUUUGGUGUUCGAUGUUGUGAAUACAUUGGAAAGGUCAUUAGAAAGAGUAUCACAUGGUAUAUAUCAAUUGUACAAAAGAGAAAAACAAGUCUUUUCAGCAAUUCAACGAGAAAACUUUAUAAAAUUCCUUUCUUCUUUUGCCUAUGAUUUAUGUCCAUAUAUACAGAGAUGUUUACAAGCAGUAUUUCCACAGCAAGUGUUAGCUAAUCAUUUGGGAAUUACUUUAUUGGAGUUACAAAAUGAACGAAUAAGUUUUAUGAAUCAAAAUUCAAUUUUAGAUCCAAUUAAAAACUUAUUACCAGAACGUUUGAGUUCUAAAAAUUAAAAAUUCAUAUUUAAAUUUCAUUUUCACAAAAAAAACAUUUGAAAACGUUUUAAUAUGUACAAGUGUGAAUUAUUAAAACAUUAAUUAAACUUAUAGAUAUAUUAAUAAACUUAUGUAAUCAAUAUAGACAUA